GCAACAGACAAGUGCAGCGCUAACCGAGCUAGCUCCCCUCCGCCACAUACCCUGCCUGCCGUAAGCCAUAACAACCAUCGCUGCUUCUUCCUGUCUUCUCUGUGGAUGUUUGAGGAUAAAUGGAGGAUUCUGAGGAGGAGCAUUCCCUUACGGGUCUAGAUGAGGAGGCAAUAGUUGACCAUGGGAAGACCAGUUUCACCACUCAGACCAACUAUGAGAAGGAUGACCUAGAAAGCCACAGAGCGGUGUACGUGGGUGUCCAUGUGCCACUGGGGAGAGAGAGCAGACGGAGGCAUCGUCACAGAGGACACAAACAUCACCGAAAGAAGAAAGAGAAAGAUGAAGAGGGCAAAGGAGAUGGGCGCGACUCACCAACCGACACACCAUCCCAGCGGGUGCAGUUUAUUCUGGGGACGGAGGAUGAUGACCUGGAGCAUGUCCCACAUGACCUCUUCACCGAACUGGACGAGCUCUCGUUCAGAGACGGCAACGCGACUGAGUGGAGAGAGACAGCCAGGUGGCUGAAGUUUGAGGAGGACGUAGAAGACGGAGGAGAGCGGUGGAGUAAACCGUACGUAGCGACUCUCUCUCUCCACAGUCUGUUUGAACUGCGCAGCUGCAUCCUCAAUGGCACCGUCAUGCUGGAUAUGAGAGCCAGCAGUAUCGAGGAAAUUGCUGACAUGGUAAUAGACAGCAUGGUGGCUACGGGUCAGCUCAAAGAAGAUCUACGAGACAAGGUGCGGGAGGCCAUGUUGAAGAAGCACCAUCACCAGAAUGAGAGAAAACUCAGUAAUCGUAUUCCGCUGGUGCGCUCCUUUGCUGACAUAGGCAAGAAACAUUCUGACCCACUCUUGCUUGAAAAAAACGGACCAAUGUUUUCGCCGCACUCUGUUCCUAACAACCUGGAUGGCAACAAGGCUGUGGAGAGGAGACCGUCCAAAGUUGGGGUCAGUAGAGAAGGCAGCAGUGUCGACUUCAGCAAGGUGGAUAUGAACUUUAUGAAGAAGAUUCCUCCUGGAGCUGAGGCGUCCAACGUGCUGGUGGGAGAAGUGGACUUCCUUGAGAAGCCCAUCACGGCCUUUGUGCGACUUUCUCCUGCAGUCCUAAUCACAGGACUCACGGAGGUGCCCGUGCCCACAAGAUUCCUGUUCCUGCUGCUGGGACCCCACGGCAAAGGGCCCACGUACCACGAGAUUGGCAGGUCGAUGGCAACGCUCAUGACAGACGAGAUUUUCCAUGAUGUUGCAUACAAGGCCAAGGACAGAACAGACAUCCUUUCUGGCAUCGAUGAAUUUCUCGAUCAAGUGACCGUGCUCCCUCCCGGUGAAUGGGACCCCACCAUCCGAAUUGAGCCCCCCAAAAAUGUCCCAUCUCAGAUGAAGAGGAAAAGACCGCCACAACCCAAUGGUACGGCGUCCCCUUCUGGCGAGCAGGAGAAAGCGGAUGACCAUCAUGUAGGGCCGGAGCUGCAAAGAACUGGGAGGAUAUUUGGGGGGCUGAUCCUGGACAUAAAGAGGAAGGCCCCUUUUUACUGGAGUGAUGUCCGGGACUCUCUCAGUCUGCAGUGUCUGGCCUCCAUCCUCUUCCUGUACUGCGCCUGUAUGUCACCAGUCAUCACCUUCGGAGGCCUGCUCGGGGAGGCCACCAAAGGCAACAUAAGUGCCAUAGAGUCUCUAUUUGGGGCGUCGAUGACAGGAGUGGCAUACUCCCUGUUUGCAGGACAGCCCCUCACUAUUCUUGGCAGCACAGGGCCUGUUCUAGUAUUUGAAAAGAUCCUCUUCAAGUUCUGCAAUGACUAUGGCUUAUCGUACCUGUCCCUGCGCACCAGUAUUGGUCUAUGGACAGCCUUCUUGUGCAUAGUGCUAGUAGCCACAGACGCUAGCUCUUUGGUUUGCUACAUCACUCGGUUUACGGAAGAGGCCUUUGCUGCUCUCAUCUGCAUCAUCUUCAUCUACGAGGCUCUAGAAAAGCUCUUCCACCUCGGAGAACUGUACCCUGUCGACAUGCACAACCAUCUGGACAACCUCACAAUGUACACGUGUCAGUGUGCUCCGCCGACCAAUGCCUCAGCUACCACCAAACAGACAUGGAACAAGAGCGGAUACACUGAAGAGGACUCAAUACCCUGGAGCAGCCUCAGUGUUUCAGUUUGUAAGGAGUUCCAUGGAGAGUUUGUGGGUCCAGCCUGUGGUCAUCACGGCCCAUACAUCCCUGAUGUCCUCUUCUGGUCCGUCAUCCUUUUCUUCACCACUUUCUUUCUGUCCUCCUUCCUCAAGCAGUUUAAAACUGAGAGAUACUUUCCUACCAAGGUUCGCUCCUCGAUCAGUGACUUUGCUGUGUUUAUAACCAUCAUGAUUAUGGUGCUGGUGGAUUAUCUCAUGGGGAUCCCGUCUCCAAAACUCAAUGUCCCGGACCGCUUUGAGCCCACUUCAAAGAACAGGGGCUGGCUCAUGGACCCUUUGGGAGAUAAUCCUUGGUGGACUCUGCUGGUGGCGGUGCUCCCUGCUCUGCUCUGUACCAUCCUCAUCUUUAUGGACCAGCAAAUCACAGCUGUCAUUAUCAACCGCAAGGAGCACAAACUCAAGAAAGGCUGUGGGUACCACCUGGACCUGCUCAUAGUGUCACUGAUGCUGGGGAUCUGCUCAAUAAUGGGUCUGCCCUGGUUUGUAGCUGCGACCGUCCUCUCCAUCUCCCAUGUCAACAGUCUGAAGGUGGAGUCCGAGUGCUCUGCUCCGGGGGAACAGCCCAAAUUUCUGGGGAUCCGAGAACAGCGGGUCACUGGGUUCAUGAUCUUUGUCCUGAUGGGCUGCUCUGUGUUUAUGACAUCUGUACUCAAGUUCAUUCCUAUGCCAGUGCUGUAUGGGGUUUUUCUCUACAUGGGCGUCUCUUCCCUUAAAGGCAUCCAAUUUUUCGACAGGAUUAAGUUGUUUGGGAUGCCAGCGAAGCACCAGCCUGACCUGAUAUUACGCUACGUGCCAUUGUGGAAAGUGCAUAUUUUCACUUUGGUGCAGCUCAGCUGUUUGGUUCUUCUGUGGGUGAUCAAGGCCUCUGCAGCUGCUGUGGUUUUUCCCAUGAUGGUUUUGGCACUGGUGUUUGUGCGAAAGCUUCUGGACUUUAUCUUCACAAAGAGAGAGCUGAGCUGGCUGGACGACCUGAUGCCGGAGAGCAAGAAGAAGAAGGAAGACGACAAGAAGAAGAAAGCCCAAGAAGAACUGGUGUUAGCUGACGAUGAAGACUUGGGGCUGAAAGUGGCGUAUGAAAACUCAAACCGCCUCACCAUCCCGGUGAAGACCCUCACUGGAAAUUCAGAGUCUGCCCCCAUAAAAAACUCUGAUGAAAAGGCUAAAAGCUCAGCCCUGAAAGCAGAGUCUCGUCCCCAACCUGUGAGAAGUAGUGACAGCCAAGAGAAGGUGGCAUGCGUUAGGGUCGACAUGAGUCCCGAAGAUUCACCUGAAGGAGGCUCUGCGACUGAGACUUUCCUGUGACGGAGCAGGUGUUUCCUCUUCCCCUCCCCUCUCCUCUGGGCUGCUUCAAUGUGGGACUAAGGAGCAUAUCUUAAAAUGGCGGAGAAGCACAAAAAACGCAGCCUGGCGAGCUCUGGUCUAAGUGACAGGCCAUAAAACCAACUGCCAUGAGGUUUAAAAUGUGCACAUCGUGAACAUGAAGGAGGAUCUUACUGCCCAAUUCACUGUAUGUUUUUUAUAGAGUUAAUAAAUAGUUAAUAAUUUAUCCAUUUUAAAGUCAGAUGCCAAAGGAAAGGGCCUCGCUGCUGGGGAUCAAGAACUGUUUUGACUAUAGAUAGUUUUUAUUUUCAAACCUUUGUGUUAUAGCUGCUGUACAUUUUCUUACAAUAGCUCACAUCCUGUCUUUUUGUGAGUCUUAAAAAAACACCAGCAUCAAAUCCAUUCUAAAAAGAAGCCAUUAACUGUCAAAGGUAAUUCUGGCACAAACAUACUGAUUUCUCUAGACUAAAUACUAUAUCUGUUGUCGCCACACUACUACUACAACUACAAUACUUUGUGCAUCUGGAAAACUUUCAGUGUUAUUGUUGCUGCUCAAAAGGUCAAAGUUCACAUCUUGUAAUAAACCUCAUUCAUUAUAUGCUGUUACAUAAAUAAUUAUUAGUGUAUGUAAAAUGUAUGUACUCUGUGAUCAGUUCAUUUGAUGUGACUUCAGAGGCCAUAUUGAAAAGUCUGUACUGUACAAUAAGCACUUUGCCAGUAUAACUUCUUAAAAUGAACAUAAGAUAGUGCGGUAAUACACGGAUGUCCACAAAGUUUGAAUUAUUUGUAAGAUAAUCAUUUCUGUCAUUGUAACAGUGUGCAUUUUUAAGUUUUAAACUUUUCAGGUGGGGUAUCUGCCACCUGCUUGUCUCCAUGGAGAUGUCUGAGAUUUUACACAGUAUGACAUGAAACCUUUUCUAUCUCCACAAACACGAGCAGGUGACGCCGACAGGGGAGGUUACCGUUAGUUAGUUAAACCUGUAGAGAGAUCUGUAAUUGGUUAAAUUUAAUGCAAUUCUGUGGAACUUUCCAUGCAAAGUAAUAACAUCUGCAUGGAGAAAGAAAAGAAAAGUUACACAGUGCACCUUUAAUCAAUUUGUUUUGGGGGGAUUUGUCCUCUUCAUUUUUAACACUGUUGAAAUGAGCAUAGAGUGACCACAUUUCAUACUUUUUUCUUCUUCUUUUUCUUUUUUUUUGACAAAUGACUGAAACUUUAUGGACAUCAGUGUAUAUAAAGAGUCCAGUCCUCUCCCAAAGCCUCCUUAGAGCUGUUCAAACUCAGGAAUCGUGAGGAUUUCUGGCAUUCAUUUAAAUGUUUAUUUUCACAAGACGAUAGUAUAAUUAUUAUUAACAAUUCAUUGUAUUAAUUUCAUUGUGAAUAUUUUAAUAAUAAUAAUGAUAAUAAUAAUAAUAUUGACAAUUAACAGGGUCAAUCAUAAAAAAGCAAUUACUCUUGUGACUCCUGUUAGCAGCACCCUUUUUAUACUGUCUGUAUCAUUGUUUGUAAUUGUGUGUGUGCGUGGUGUGAAGAUAAUUUGUUACGCGUUGCAAAUCAUUUUAUGCAAGAUACCUAUUUCUACACUAAAUGUAAAAAAUGCUGUUAUAAUCUAUAUGAAGUCGUUCUUAUUUUGCUAUUGAGUAAGUGAAGUCCCGUUUUAGCAAUAAGUCUCCCAUACAGUGCAAUGUAUGGCUAUAGGAUGACCCUUAGCUAACUAAUCAAUCGUGGUUUGUGUUUCAUUGGCUUUGUCGGUGUGUAGCUACAGUGACAACAGCUUAUAUACAUAUGUGCCUUGUCUAAGCUUAAUGUAAUGUCUUGUUAUUGAUCAUUUGGUUAGAAUGCGUGGGACAACUACGCCAAAGACACCACCACCCAUUUGCUUCUUCUAUGUCGUGUUGAGAAAAGAAAAUAUUUAAAAUCUUUAACAACGGACUGAAAUUAUGUAGACUUAAAACUGUUUCCGUAUGUACUACUGUCACUUCACUGGUUUUCACUGCAUCUAAGCUGUGUAAAAACAAUUUUGAGGUACUGGUAAAAAAAAAUAAAAAAAAUCAUUUGAAUGUCUGAUUAUGUUGAAUAGAAAGAAUGAAAUAACGAUAAUUUUAUUUUUACAUGUCUUGGCACUCUGUAUGUCAGUGGAGCUGUCGCGUUAGAUUGAAGCUUCACAGGCGAGCGUUAAAAAUGCACUGACCGGCCAUAUUAUUAGGUACAGCUGUAAUGGUUUAAAUGCUAUCUGACAUUUCAUACACUGUAAAAAUAAGUGCUUAAAGGUGCACUUUAAACAUGCCACUUUUUGGCUGGAGGUCCGUCACCUGCUUGUUUCUAUGGAUAUGUCAUUGUUCUGCCUGGAAUGUACCACAGUAUGACAAAUAGCUCUACUUUACUUUUAUUAAAUUGGUGUGUUUUACAGCUCAAAAGUACCUACAAAAACAAAGAAGAAAAAAAAAACCUGGUUCUGGUCUGGUUUGAUGUAUAUAGAAAGGUUUAUUACCAUACUGUGAAACUUUCCAGAUAAAGCAACGUUUCUAUGUAAAAAACAAAACAAAACAAAAAAACAUUUGACAGACCCUCCACCAAAAAAAUUUUACACCAUGCACCUUUAACUUUAUAGCACAGUAAAAUGCAGAGUAUGGUGAUUCCCAUAUUAUUCUUUAAAAGAUACCAAAUGUGUUUCUGGGCAAUUUAUGUAGGUCUGUAGUUUUUUUUUUUUUUUUUUUUUUUUUUAAUUCAGUGUUUUGGAGUUUGGGUUAAUUUUUAUCCAUGUGUUUCAGAAUUAUGAAAAUUAGGACAGUUGCCAUAGAAAUUGAAAACCAAAAUAUUAUCUAUUUUGAAUUUUGAAAAGUCCUCAAAAUAUCAACAAUAAAAAGAAGCUAAAAUUAUGAACUAAACUGCCAUGCUUUUACUGUGCUCUAAUGUACUAACAAAUUUACUUAAUUCACAUUUCCAGCUCUUUGUUUACACGGAAACACAGACUAUUUAAACUCUUCAUUGGUUGGCCUGUAUUUAAAUGUUUCUCAGCUUUCAUUUUAUUUGAUAUUUGCGUUUACAAUCAUUGCAACAUAUGGCUAAUAAUAUGUGAGUGAGUGUAUUUACCCCUUUUUGUUGGACUUUUAUCCAAUGUGCACUUAAGUUAUCCUGUUGAUGAAUGAAUAAUGACAUGAAAUGUGGAGAUGUACCCCAUGUUCACCUCAAAAAACAUAUUUAUUUUGUUUAUUUGUAAAGCACAUAACAUACUGUUGUUUCUUGAAUGAUGACUUUUGGUCAUGCCCGACUGACGCAAAGCAAUAAAAGUGGACACAGACUG